AGUUAAGGAGAGACAUUUGUAAAUGUUUGCGCACUCUUAUGGCUUGCACAUCUAUCCAUUCGUCAAAUGCUCAUUAUAAAUAGCUAAAUAUUUAUCACAGAUAAAUGCUCUUAACUCUCUCUCCAUCGGAGGCAAAAUGGUGAUGGUUCAUAACGGCGGAGAGCGCAUCGGGUCACCGGCGUCUCCAUUUACGCACGGGAAAAGCGCGCCGUUUGCGCACUUUUAAGCACGUUGGACUACUGUGUAUUUCGGGUGGUUUUGCAAUGGAUGACCUCGGCAAUACAUCACAAGCCUUUAAUUCCUCAGACCCGUUCGGUCGGGACGAAGAGGUGGCCAAAAUCGAGAUCGCGGUCCUGAGCGUCACCUUCGUGGUCGCUGUCGUCGGAAACUGCAGCGUCCUGGUGGCCAUACACAACACCAAGAAAAAGACUUCACGCAUGCAUCUGUUCAUUAAACACCUCAGCCUGGCCGAUCUGGUGGUCGCGUUUUUCCAAGUGCUCCCACAGCUGUGCUGGGAAAUCACCUUUCGUUUCUACGGCCCGGAUUUUCUGUGCCGAAUCGUGAAGCACUUGCAGGUGAUGGGCAUGUUCGCCUCCACCUAUAUGAUGGUGAUGAUGACCCUGGACAGAUACAUCGCCAUCUGUCACCCCCUCAAGACCCUCCAGCAGUCCACCCGGAGGUCUCGCAUCAUGAUCGGAGGCACGUGGGUCGGCAGCCUGGUCCUCAGUGUCCCCCAAUACUUCAUCUUUUCUCUCAGCGAGAUCAAGGAGGGCUCGGAGGUCUACGACUGCUGGGCGCACUUCAUUCAGCCGUGGGGAGUCCAAGCUUACAUCACGUGGAUCACCGUGGGCAUUUUCCUGGUCCCUGUCAUGAUAUUAAUGACCUGUUAUGGAUUUAUCUGUCACAGCAUCAGGAAGAAUAUCAGAUAUAAAACCAAAAAGACAUCAGCUGAUGGCGCGUGCAAGAACGGGUUGGUGGGGAAGAGCUCGGUCAGUAGUGUGACCACCAUAUCCAGAGCAAAGUUAAGAACCGUGAAAAUGACUUUCGUGAUUGUGCUGGCUUAUAUCAUCUGCUGGGCUCCGUUCUUCACCGUGCAGAUGUGGUCGGUCUGGGACAAAAACUUCAAAUGGGACGACUCGGAGAAUACCGCCGUGACUCUGUCUGCGCUGUUGGCCAGUCUGAACAGCUGCUGUAACCCGUGGAUCUAUAUGAUCUUCAGCGGUCAUCUCCUGCAGGACUUCGCUCACUGUUUCCCCUGCGGACACAAAAUCCAGCAGAGCUUCAGGAAAGAGGACUCGGACAGCAGCAUCCGCAGGACCACACUGCUCACCAAAAUCACCAACCGCAGCCCCACCUGCAGCUCGGCCACAUGGAGAGAACUCGACCAGUCGCCAAAGAUCCACAGGUCAGCUCAGACCCAGACGUAACGCCCUGUGGAUAAACACUCAUAAAACUGGACGCUGACUGAUCAAUGAAAAGUCCCAGAGGAACGCCUUCGUUGCGCAGAAGUUACUCUUGAGACUUCAUGGAAUUUAUUCAGUUGUGUUGUAUCUGCAUCUUAACUCUCAGAUGUUUGCCCGAGAGACACACAUGUAUUGAUUUCUGUCAGGUAAAGGAAUGAAGAGAUCAAUAUGGACAGACGUUUAUGAGAUCUGUCGUGUCAUCGUGACUAUUUUUGUCUGUUGUGCGUGGUGCCAAACAUCACAGGUUCCCGUGACUUUCUGUUUGGGAAACGUCGGAAACAAAGCGCAGUAAAUCUCUUCGGGACUGUGGUACAAUCGUGUUAAGCAUUUAUUUUGCCAGCGAUUGUUGGCCUCUUACGCCAGAGUCAACCGGACACCUGCUGCCGGUGUUGUACCGAAAUCUGACUCCCCGUGAGAUUUUGACUCCCCUACUUCUGAUUGGUUCACUCACUUAGGAUGCUGCUUUGUGAUUGGCUCCUAUCUCUAAAGCCCGCCCCCACACCUAAUCCUAACCCUAACCUUCGUUGGGGAAAACAGGGGAGUCAUAAUCUCACGGGGAUCAGAUUUUGAUAGGACACCGGGAACAAACCCAAGAUCUCACCGCCGCCAAAAUAUAAAACCUGUUUCCAAAAAUGAAAUGAAUGUUGCACUAAAAUAGAACACUAAAGAAACGCUCUGAUUGAUCAAACGUCAACAAACCUACCGGACGUGAAUUCUUGUUAUUUGUUGCUUUUACGCGUCACAGAGCCAUAGAUGUUUAUCCCACACGGACACCUUCUGCACGGCUUUAACGCAGAACCACAGAAGAUGCGCGCUGUGUUUUGUGAACUCUGCAGGAUUAUACAGUUGGUUGUGUUUUAUUGUGUUGUGUGUCACGUAGAGAAUCACUGCUUCACUGCUAGAUUUCACAAUCAUUAUUAUUGCAGUUAAAUGUGUUUUGAUGUACAUAUGAAAUAUCAGAUUGUAAAGACAUGCACAAGUGUUUAUCAGAUGCUCUGUAUUUGUGUGGAGAUGAUUGUGAAUGCUCGGCGUUUUCUUUCCAAACUUUAAGUGUGUUGCACGUCUCGCCAAUGUCUCGGUGGAUCAAGGUGGCAAUAAAUGAACCUGUGAGGAUUACAACUCUUGGAUCUGUGCUCGGCUGUUUUUACAACCAACUUUUUAUAUCAUUCAAAUGAAACUAUUUCUUAAAGGGUUUCUCAUAAAUGCAGCGGAGCGAACACAAGUUCACCCAAAAUAACGAAUAAUUAAUAACUAAUAAGUUCCUGCAGUAUAGUGUUACUUUCUGUGUAGUGUUAAAACGUGUACUUUUGAGGAUAGUUAUUGUAGUAAGCAUACUUCUACUUGGAACUGAACUGGCCCACAUUUUAUUUUAUUGUGCACUUUUAAAUAGACUUUUCUGUUAGUAUAAGUAUAUAUUUUAGCACUGUUGUGUACAUUUUUGUAAGUGAAUUACUA